CCGAGAGGACAGAGAUUGGGAAGGCAGUUUUUGCACAGAUUCACCUUUGGAAUACACAAGGAGAGCCGUGUUUUCUUAUAGUUGUGCAAUUUAUUUGAGCUGGAGUUCAAGCCCUUGCUUUUUUCUUCAAGUUGGGACGCACCGUCUAUUGUAUCUGAUAUGGCUGCAAUGGGACAACCCUCCGCUAAAGGCGUAAGAUGGCGAUCGCUUUUACUAUUACAAUGUCAAAUGGGAUUCAUUAUUUUGCUUUGUUGUUUUGGUAAUAGAGUGGCAGCUCAGAUUCGUUAUUCUAUUCCUGAGGAGAUGAAAAAGGGAUCUGUUAUCGGUAAUGUGGGACAAGACCUCGGUCUAGAUAUGAAAAGGCUUCGUUCUGGCCGUGCCCGUAUCGUGAGCGGGGAAAACAUCCAGUACACCCAGUUGAAGACAGACAAAGGGACUCUGGUCGUGAAUGAGAGAAUAGACCGAGAGCAGCUCUGCGGAGACGUCACACCAUGUAGCUUCAGUUUUGAAAUAAUUCUCGAAAGUCCAAUUGAACUUCACCGUGUCACGGUAGAAAUUUUAGAUAUAAAUGACAAUAGCCCCUUCUUUCCAAAUAAUGAUAUGCAUUUUGAAAUAAGCGAAUCUGCCACACUUGGAUCGAAAUUUCCCGUUGAAAGCGCCGUGGAUCCUGACGUUGGACUUAAUACUUUGCAAAAUUACCUUCUGUCCCCAAAUAAUUAUUUCAUUUUGAAACAAUAUGCAAAUCCAGACGGCAGUAAAUAUGCUGAACUGGUGCUGCAAAAGCCAUUGGACAGAGAAGAGCACUCCAACCUCCCUCUCAAAGUAAUAGCUGUUGAUGGUGGAAACCCACAGAGAUCUGGCACGGUGAAUAUAAAUAUAUCUGUCUUAGACGCAAACGACAAUGCCCCUGAAUUUAACCAGUCAGUGUACAGGGCCUCUGUCAAAGAAAACGCCCCAGUGGGGACAUAUAUAUCGAAAGUGAACGCAACUGAUGCAGACAUUGGCGCUCAUGGGGAAAUAAUAUUCAGUUUUUCAAAAACAAAAGGCACAACCGUCGAUACGUUUAAAAUAGAUGAAAACACGGGUGUGAUAUCAGUUGCUGGACUCAUUGACUUCGAAAAAGAUAAAAAAAUAUGAACUUAGACUGGAG